UCAUUGUAGUCCUGAACAUUCAUUGUUUUUUUUAUAUUUUUUACUUUUUAGGUUUAGAAUUACGGACUCAGCAAAGUAAACCUCAAGAUGCCUCUUGCCUGCCAGCAUUGUGUGUCUCGGAUAUCGAGCCCACCAUGCCUUUCACUGAGCUGGACAUGGACUUGGCAGCUGGGGACACCCCUGUUCAGUACUGUGCACAGCCCACCAAUGGCAUGGUGUAUUUCCGAGCCUUUUCCAGCCUGAACACACUUCCUGAGGAGCUGAAGCCCUACGUGCCACUCUUCUGCAGCGUCCUUACUAAGCUGGGCUGCGGCACUCUCGACUAUCGGGAACAAGCUCAGCAAAUAGAGCUGAGAACGGGAGGGAUGACUGUGUCUCCCCAGGUGCUCCCUGACGACGCACAUCUGGACACAUACGAACAGGGCGUGCUUUUUUCCUCUCUCUGCCUGGAUCGAAACCUACCAGAUAUGAUGCAUCUGUGGAGUGAAAUAUUUAACAACCCAUGCUUUGAAGAAGAAGAACACUUCAAAGUGUUAGUUAGGAUAACUGCUCAGGAGCUCGCAAAUGGAAUUCCAGACUCCGGGCAUCUCUACGCAUCCAUCCGAGCCAGCAGGACCCUCACGCCCGCAGGGGACUUGCAGGAAACCUUUGGUGGGAUGGAUCAGGUGAGGUUGAUGAAGAGAAUUGCAGAAAUGGCAGACAUCACUCCAGUCCUGAGAAAGCUCCCCCGCAUCCAAAAACACCUACUGAACUGUGAUAAUAUGAGGUGUGCAGUGAAUGCUACUGUUCAGCAGAUGUCUGAGGCAGAAAAAGUGGUGGAGAACUUCAUUAGAAACCUUGGUCGAAGUAAGAAGGAGCGGAAACCUGUGCGCCCCCACGUGGUCGAGAAGCCUGCAUACAAUGGCUCUGGUGGAAACGCACACGUUCGUGGCCCCCAGGUCAUAAGAAAGCUGAUCACAGAGCCCACUUUCAAACCCUGCCAGAUGAAGACACAUUUCCUGCUGCCAUUCCCGGUGAAUUACGUUGGAGAAUGUGUUAGGACUGUGCCCUACACGGAUCCAGAUCAUGCCAGUCUUAAGAUCCUUGCACGUUUGAUGACUGCUAAAUUCUUGCAUACAGAAAUUCGAGAAAAAGGGGGUGCUUAUGGCGGAGGUGCUAAGCUCAGCCAUAACGGAAUAUUCACUCUUUACUCUUACAGGGACCCAAAUUCAAUAGAAACGCUCCAGUCUUUUGGGAAGGCUGUCGACUGGGCUAAAGCUGGAAAAUUCACACAGCAGGACAUUGAUGAAGCAAAAUUGUCUGUUUUCUCAACUGUAGAUGCUCCUGUUGCUCCUUCAGACAAAGGGAUGGACGUCUUCCUGUACGGCCUCUCUGAUGAUGCGAAGCAGAGGCACCGGGAGCAGCUCUUUGCCGUCAGCCACAACCAGCUCAUGGCCGUGAGCCACAGGUACCUGGGCACUGGGAAGAGCACACGUGCAGUGGCUAUACUGGGACCAGAGAACGCAAAGAUUGCUAAGGACCCGUCAUGGAUAAUAAGAUGACCAGUCACCAUAUUCCUCAUGGACUCAGACCUCAGUGGACCUACAUAUAUACAGGCUCUUAAAAAUUAUGCCUCUGAGUAGCAUUUGAAAGGUCAGAAAUGUUCCUGCUUUUUCCAUAAUACAUCAGUCAUUCUUAGUUUUUUGCCAAAGGUAUUGACAGGCACGUCAGACAAAAACCCUUCUACCUUGUGACCAAGAAGAAAUUAAUUGAAAUAAUCAUGUAUUAAAUGCCAAAGAUGCAUCAAUUAGAAUUUUAAGACUUUCUAAUGAUACAAAUGUUUAUUUUAUCUUAUUAAUCCUAGAACAUUUAUUUCCACAAUUUAAAAAUAAGAGGCAACUCUGACCUUCCCGUGCUUCAGCCAUUAUUUUAAAUGACAUUUUGCUACAGUAGAACAUGUUACGGCCUUUGAGAAAAUGAACUAGUAAAAGGAGUAAGUGAAUGAGGGAGUUCCAGCAUCUCCCUGGAUUUAUGAAGUGUGCGGUCACACCAGGGACUGCAGAAAAGUCUUCCCAGCCAAUGUGAGAAACAGGCAUCCCGGGGGUCCAUCCUGAGGACUGGACAUGUGUGAUGGAUACGUGUUCACUUGAGCUUUUCUCACUUUGUGUUUACUGAAAUAAACAGGAAAUGUCUGAGUCCCAGCUCUUUAUCAUCUUA